AUGUCUUCUCAGGAGAUUGUUCAGCAGAGCUCCGACCUGCAGCUGUUGUUCAAGGAUGAUAAGGCGCAAGCCGUCCACAAGAGUCCCGAACUUCGACGAGGAUAUCGUGAACCUGGGAAAAAGUAUCGGUUCCUGGCCUAUGAUCUUCCUCCUUUGCAUUCGCUGGAAGAAAUCUUCGCUCACAUGGCGCGGAAAGCGUUGGGACUUGGACUUGGGCAUGUCCUCUCUCAACUUGGCAAUCGACCUCUUCGAGUGGCAACAAUGUGCUCCGGAACGGAAGCUCCGUUGUUAGCCCUGGAAAUGAUCCAAACGGGUAUGGACCUGCAACUACGGGUCUCACACGCUUUCAGCUGUGAGAUUGUUCCGCUCAAGCAAUCAUACAUUGAGCGGAACUUCCGCCCUCCUAUCUUGUUCCGCGACAUUACCGAACUGGGAGGUGACAAAGGGCGGACCGCAUACGGGUCAUCGGAAGUGAUUCCCGGUGACCUGGAUGUUUUAGUUGCAGGCACCGCCUGCGUCGAUUUCUCGCCGCUGAACAACUGCAAGAAGACCCUGCAGCAAGGCGGAGAGUCUGGAGCCACGUUCGACGGGCUCUUGCAGUACGCGGCGAGAUAUCGGCCGCGUUUGGUGAUCCAGGAGAAUGUCCGAGCAGCUCCUUGGGAUCAGAUGGAAGGGAAGUGGAGAGAGCUCGGGUAUGUGGCUGUGCUGGUCCAUAUCGACACAAAGCACUAUUACAUCCCACAGACACGCGAGCGUGGGUAUAUGGUGGUUAUUGACGGGCAUCGCUUGGGGGCGGCGGGCCUGCUUGGUAGCCCCAUAGACCAGGGGGGCCUGAACAAGGUCUCUCAACACGUUCGUGGGCUUGUUUGCUCGCUCAAACGACAAGCAAGCUCGCCUGUGGGUGAGUGGUUGCUGAGUGACGAGGAUCGCCGGCUAGAGCUCAUCGAGCAGAGGGCCUGUCUUCAGUUGCGCAGCGAUGCUAGUUGGGAUCAGUACCAGAUUCGUCAUCAACGGCACCGUGACCAGCUGGACCUUGGCAACGAGCGGCCGCUCACUCGCUCCACCCCCGGACAUUCUGUUCUCACUGCGCCGGACUUCUAUUGGCAUCGUUUCUGGCAGACACAACCGGAGAGAGUGUGGGACACGGUGGAUAUCAACUUUUUGAAGAAGAUUUCCCAGUCAUAUGACAUGAACUUCAAGGAGCGCUGGAUUGACCUAUCUCAAGGCGUCGACCGAGGGACUGACGGUCUUGCUGGGAGUGGAAUCGCCGGUUGCCUCACUCCGCGAGGGAUACCGUUCGUGACCACCCGUGGGGGGCCCGUAUCUGGCACGGAAGCUCUCUCACUGCAAGGCCUUCCCCUCGACCGUAUGCUGAUGACGAGAGAAACACAGUCCGAAUUGAUGGAUAUGGCAGGAAAUGCGAUGACGAGCACUGCCGUCGGUGCGGUCAUGUUGGCUAGUCUCAUAGCUGUGCAUCAGAUCUUUGACACUGGCGAUGAGGUAUCAACCAAUCCCGACGACAAAGAGGCCAAGCCCCUUCUCGCCCCGAACGCGCAACACAGUCUCAUGAUGAGAGAGCUCCCAGAUGUCCCAAAUCGAAUCGACCCAGCUCUCAAAGGCAUUGCAGCAAGUACCGUGAUCCGAUGCUCUUGCGAGAGACAGACUAUCGUUAAAGAUCGCAUCUACCAGUGCACCCUCUGUGGACAUACCGCAUGCAAUUCCUGUCGUGGAAAUCCCACGCACUCAUAUUCACCCCUCUCCCUUUCAAGACGACAGCCUUCAGACUUUAUUGCAAAUACCGUCGGAAUUGUCCCCAUGAAGUUAUGUAUUACUAAUUUGCAUCUUCGGGACUUCGAACCCCUCAGUCGCCUCGACACGAUUGCCAGCCUUCCCGACCUGUGGACUGACUUUGCCCAAUGUAUCCAACUGAUCUUGAGCGACUUAUUUGUCUUCUCCGAAAUCAAGCGCGGAAGAAAAUGGCGAAUCGUUUACAUUAGCAAGCACGGCCAUUUGCAUCUAGAAAUUGGACCGGACUCCAUUCAGUGGCUACUGUUUGCACAUCCACCCAAGCUUGCACCCGCGAAAAGCACCAUCAGAGAGAUUCUUGCCAAGCCAGUUGCGAGAUUUACGCCCAUUUACUUUAAGCCAUUCACUUCAAUCUCAAGGCAUAUCUACAAUGGUGUUUGGGAACUGUGUUCACCGCUGAGCUUGCCGUUUUCUUUGAGAAUCUCUGGUCAAGGCGAUCAGGUUCCGUCAUUUGAGUCUGAAAGUGGCCUGAAAAAAGCAGAAUUUCGCGAUACCAAAGUCUGGAGCACCCUGUUGGUUGAAAUCGAAGGAAGUUCGGCAGUUCUUGACCAUGGUGUCAGUGGAGUGUAUCAUUUCCUUCCUGACUGUGGCACGGCCCUCGGUGCAAUGUACAAGCGAGAAGCCACGCACCAUGAACCCGCGAUGUUCUUGUUCCUUGACUCAGCAAAGAUUGGAUUACCAGAGGAUGAUGCCUGCGUGUUCUCCCUCGAUCACAGCCGUCUCCCGGGCUACGAAGUCAGAAUGACUGCGGCUGAGUUGGACCCGAGUUGGCGAUCAUCGCAAGUGACACGCGAGCCGACAUCUGUCAGGGCCUUCUACCGCCAAUGGAUCCAGGUACCUGGUGCAGAACUGUCUAUCAUGUAUCCCAAUCAGGGCAUGGACUACCAAACUUUGCAGACUGGAAACAAAAUCUCAAUUGAUCAUGGAAAUUGUCACAAUGCUUGCCUCACAAUUGCCUCGCUAUCAGCGCACCCAGAUGCUCUGAAACUCCGCGACACGGCAACUUAUUGGCAGUCAUGGGAUCCUGAAGUCUCUCGCCUGGAAUUGAAAAAGCUUACCUGGUUGUUCUCGAAGCUUGCCGCAUGCCCUGACUUCGAAAACUGGAACGACAUCAUAUCGCCUAUCCCAACCUACGAGCAUGAUUAUUCCAACGAAAACUGCAAUAUCUGCAACCCGCCUUCACCGAGUAUCGUUUGGGGCCGCAAUAACAGCGGUAGAAUCACCCCAUAUGAAAAUCAGCUGGAGGCGGCUGUUUAUGAGCGGGCCAUCAAAGCUCGUCCGUCAAAUUUCUUGAUCUUUAGACGGCUGAAGGAGAAUGGGCACGCGGAACUACGAGUUACCCUCAAUGUCCAAGCUUUGGCGCACCAAGCCCGUGCCAAAUUAGCGGGAUUGCUCAACCGCAAGACAAUCACAUCGCAAUGGCGACUCAUCACCCAAGCUUACGACAUGGUCAAAGGACCCUCUACCAGGUUCACUCUCAUGGACAACGCCGCUGACAUUCCGUCACCACAACCCCCCAACUUCAAAAAGAGGCUGCGUCUCGAGCAACUUCGAUCCCUGAGCUGGAUGAUUUCACAAGAAGACCCAGAGAUCGAGCCAUUUAUUGAGGAAGAGAUUGAAGAGUCCGUGCUCUCUCUGAUGCCAUGGCGAGCUGAAGUCAAAGCUGCGAUGCCAAAUACAGUUCGUGGUGGCUUGAUCGCCGACGAGGUCGGAUAUGGAAAGACCGCCAUUGUUCUUGGUCUCAUCGACUCGCAAUACGAAGCGGACUUGAAAAUUUCUCGCGAAGAUGAUGGAUUGAUCGCUGCAAAAGCAACCUUGAUUAUUGUGCCCAGCAAUGUCUGCCGGCAAUGGGCAGAAGAGAUUCAGAAGUUCCUUGGAAACACAUACAAGGUUGUGAAUAUGAAAUCCAGCAGCAACAUCACCAUUCAACAAGUCCUAGAUGCCGACAUAGUCCUUAUGCCAUGGAGCAUACUUGCAAAUGAUACCUACUACCGCCGGCUUCAUCAAUUGACCGGAACACCAAAAGUUCCCUCGAGAUCGCGCGGAUGCACAGGUCGAAGUUUCGAUAGUUGGUUCGAAGGUGCUCGUGAUUCCCUUCAGCAGUUGGUGGGAAUCUUGAAAACCGAAGGACCCGAGGCGAUGCUCCAGGAAUUGGAGGCCAGACGUCGCCAAGUCGAAGAGACAAAUACCAAUGCUACAUUUGUCCCAUCCCGCCGUCUACGUGGCCAAGCAUUUGCUGAUGCUAACGCAUCUGGCGAUCGUCCCGCAGUGCCAGAAGUUGCAACUUCUGGGGACGAUUCGGGAGUUUCGGACACUGAUCCUUCUGAAUCUGAGGAUGACUCUGACGACGAUGCCCCUGAUGCCAGCGGCACCCAACAAAAGCGAAGCCGCAGUGUAAGAUCACAGACCGGCCGAGGAGCAAAACGACGCAACCCCAUUGCAACAGUUCCUGGGAAACCUUCGAAACCCAAAUCAGGAAGCACAAAAAAGCAAAAGGUGCCCGACGACCGCAAAGAUUUCAACAUCAAGGGAGACAAAAACCAAGAUUGGCGUUCGGUCAAAGCUGCUCUCGUUCAUGCUUUCUCUUUCAACCGUUUGGUCAUUGAUGAAUACACAUAUGCCGGCGAAGAGAGACAGGCAUCUCUGGUGGGAUUGCGUGCACGCUCCAAGUGGAUCCUUUCUGGCACACCAGCCCUCGAUGAGUUCGCUGACAUCAAGAGCAUUGCACGAUACCUCGGUGUUCAUCUUGGCAUAGACGACGAUGCUGACUGUGAUAAGCCAUCCCACAACCUAAGAUUGAAGAACAUUCGGAAAAACCACACGGCUGCCGAAACCUUCCAGUUCUACCAAGCCCCGCACAGCAAUGCGUGGUAUGGACACCGCCGGCUGCAUGCUCAAAACUUCCUGGAUCGGUUCGGGCGUUCGAACCUUGCAGACAUCAAGGAGAUCAAGUUGACGACACACAUCAAGAUCGUUGGUCAAACCCCCACCGAAGAGGCAGAUUACAAUACACUUUUCCAAGCCGUCAAGGACAACAGAAGACGUAUAGAUGGCCCCAUGAACAGUAUUCUGUUCAAAAGUCAAUUCCCAGAGGAGGCUCUCAUCAUGGGCUGCACAACCUCUCUCGUCGGGAAAUCGCCCUGGUGCCUCGAAAGUUGUCUCAAAGGCUCAGACACCUUCGAUGAAAAAUCUCAGUGGUACUGGCUUCAAAUAGAGUCACUGUGCGGCGAAGCCGCGAUAUUGUGGUAUCGCUCCAGCAUCAACAAAGAUGGCUGGAAAAUUUUGCACACUGAUGUUAUGAAAGGCAAAUUUGAGGACCGUGUUAUCUGCGAUAAAUUCGAGAGCCUCGUGCGCGAUUGCUUCGAAACCUACAAGCGGUGGUCCCUAAAAGACGAGGACAAACACAAUUCUCUGAGCCAUUGUCUUGACCAGAGAGAAGAAAAGAUCCACGCCAGCAACCCCACUGCCAGUGAUCACACAGCUGCAAUCACUAAGAACCUCACCAGCGAGUUAAUUUCAAACCUGAGACGAGCCCGCGAGGUUGACCGCACAAAACGGUUUUACCAUUCCGCGGUGGAGGCUCAGACCUCCUCCGUUCUGACGUGCCAUAACUGCAAGGAGGAUUGCUCGGAAAAAGAAAAUCUGAACGUCUUCAAGUCCUGUGGCCAUAUUCUUUGCACGAGUUGCAAGAACGAAGCCAAGGUGUUCAAGAAAUGCAUCAUCGAAAGUUGCAUGGCAAAGUUUUCAGAAUCUCAGAUCAUUCCCGGUGGAACCCUGAUCAAGGACAAUAACCCAGAUACCGUCAGCUCCAAACUCAAAGAGCUCAUUCAAAUCAUCCGCGACAUCCCCAAAGAUGAGCUUGCUCUCGUCUUCGUUCAAAUUGGCCAUCUGAUGCCCGUGGUUGCAGACGCCCUCAAGAUCGCUGACAUUGAACACCGCAUGGUCACUCCUGGCAAAUUGAAAGUCAUCGAAGAAUUCACCAAGGGCCCCAAAGCACAAAAACGCGGCGAGCAGCCUCCUCCACGACCCAAGGUCUUGAUUUUAAAUCUUGGAGGUGCUAUGGCUGCUGGAUUAAACCUCCAAUGCGCAAACCAUGUCAUCUUCGUCUCGCCACUCUUCACUCAAAACCAAUAUGAUUGGGACUCUGGCAUGACUCAAGCCAUUGGCCGUGCCCGACGAUACGGUCAGCAACGAACAGUUAACGUCUACCACCUACUUGUCCGAGGAUCCUAUGAAGUCAACAUCUUCCAAGAUCGUCAGAAUCGCAAACUCGUUGAGCGCAAUGGUGUUGCAACCUUGCUUCCAGUUGGCGAAAUGCCUUUGCCAACCGACGUCAUGCUGGAGGGCCCGCGGCUUCGCGACUAA